AUUAGUAUACAUAUAGAGCACUGAGGAAAGGUGCGAAAGGGGUAAACGUAUUUCGAGCAUCUUCCAAACAGAUCAAUUGUUAUGUAUAUGUUCUGCUGUGUGUGCUUGCUGUUCGUGACAUCAUAUUUCAUGUGAAAAGGAAUCCGAACCUUUUAAUGAUAAAGCCCAUACGCUCCUGUUACGGCAUAGCGUGAUCAUAGUCAUGGCGACUACUUCGUUGCGGAUAGACGAACUUGUGCAAACUGUUACUCUUCAUAAUCCUCGAAAAUUAUUAUUUACGGGCUAUAUUUUGCCCUCUGUGAUAUUACAUACUGUAUGGAUUUAUAGUUGGAUUUUUAUCUAUGGAAUUGGCGAAUAUUAUGAUGCGGGUUUAGUGGGUAUCGCAGCUAUCGGCGUAUUACAGAUUUUCAUAUGUUUAUGUUGCCAGUGGUCAGUGCAUAUACAUACUUUUCUAAAUUGUAGCUCGGAAAAAGAUCCGUAUAAGGCGAAAAUAGCAAAAGUAGUUCCUACUCCCAACAAUGGAAGUUCAGAGCUUGUUAAACUACAUCAUUCUGAACAACAAGAACCAUGGUUUAUAUUUCAAAAAACCAAGUAUUAUUGGAAUUCGGAGAAAAAUAGUUUUGAAGGCCUUCAGUUUCCAAUUAACCAUUCUGUUAAACACUAUUCUGAAUGGAAAGGAUACUUAGAUGAAAAAGAUAUUGCAGCAGCGGAAGAAAAAUAUGAUAAAAAUAAAUUAGAUAUGGUGGUACCGGAAUUUAAAGAGUUAUUUAAAGAAAGAGCAAUUGCACCAUUCUUUGUUUUUCAAUUAUUUUGUGUAGCAUUAUGGUGCUUUGACAAGUAUUGGUAUUAUAGUAUCUUUACAUUGAUUAUGCUCAUUAUGUUUGAGUGUACACUGGUGCAACAGCAACUUCGAAAUAUGGCUGAGAUUAGAAAAAUGGGGAACAAACCAUAUACAAUAAUGGUUUACAGGAAAAGGCGGUGGCAAUCCAUGUUUACUGAUCAGUUAGUUCCUGGUGAUAUUGUAUCUAUAACAAGAUCUCAGAAUGAUAAUUUAGUGCCAUGCGAUAUGUUACUUCUAAGAGGACCUUGUGUAGUCGAUGAGAGUAUGCUAACAGGAGAAUCAGUUCCUCAAAUGAAAGAGCCCAUAGAAGAUAUAGAUGGAAAUAGACAAUUGGACAUAGAAGGUGAUGAUAAGCUUCAUGUACUUUUUGGAGGUACAAAGGUUGUACAACAUACACCACCUAGUAAAGGUGUAGCUGGCCGUAAAGGUGUUUUAGCUACUAAUAAUGGCUGUGUGGCUUAUGUUUUACGUACUGGAUUUUCAACAUCACAAGGAAAGCUUUUGAGGACAAUAUUAUUUGGAGUUAAACAUGUUACUGCUAAUAACCUGGAAACAUUUGGUUUUAUUUUAUUUUUGCUAGUUUUUGCAGUUGCUGCAGCAUCAUACGUGUGGAUUAAAGGAAGUGAAGACCCUACAAGAAAUAGGUAUAAAUUGUUCUUGGAAUGUACACUUAUUCUGUCAUCAGUUAUUCCACCAGAAUUGCCUAUUGAGUUAUCAUUAGCUGUUAAUUCUUCAUUAUUGGCCUUAUCAAAAUUAGGUGUAUUCUGCACUGAACCUUUCAGAAUUCCAUUUGCUGGAAAAGUCGAAAUAUGUUGCUUUGAUAAAACUGGUACUUUAACUAGUGAUAAUUUGGUCGUCGAAGGUAUAGCUGGGAUUGAUGGAAAAUCAGAUGUUAUGCAAAUUUCUGAUGCACCCAUAGAAAGUAUUCACGUACUAGCAACAUGUCAUUCUCUUGUACAAUUAGACGAUGGAAUUGUUGGAGAUCCUCUUGAAAAAGCUACAUUAAAAGCUAUUAUGUGGAAUCUUACAAAAGCUGAUUUUAUGAUACCUAGGAAAGGACAAUCUCCUAUUUUAAAAAUUGUGCAAAGACAUCACUUUUCUUCCGCGUUAAAACGAAUGUCAGUUGUAGCUGGAUAUACAACAUCAUCAGAAACCAAUUAUAUAACCACUGUAAAAGGUGCUCCUGAAAUUAUUAAAAACAUGUUGUCAUCUAUACCAGAUAAUUAUGACUCAACAUACUUAUCACUUUCGCGACGUGGAGCAAGAGUACUAGCUUUAGGAUAUCGGAAACUUCCUGGUCCUUUAUCUUCACAAGAUUUAAGAGAACUUACACGAGAAGACUUAGAAAGAAAUCUCACUUUUGCUGGAUUUGUAAUCAUAAGUUGUCCACUUAAACCGGAUUCUAAAGCUGUUAUCAAAGAAAUCGUAAAUGCUUCACAUUCGGUCGUUAUGAUUACUGGAGAUAAUCCUUUAACAGCAUGUCAUGUUAGUCGUGAAUUACAUUUUACAAAGAAAUCUGCUACGCUUAUAUUAACUGAAAUUAAUGGAGAGUGGAUAUGGGAAAGCGUGGAUAGAAAACUAAACUUACCUUUGGAAAUGAAAAAUGUUUCUCGAAAUAAUGAAAUUUGGCGAGAAUACGCUCUUUGUGUAACGGGAGAGGGUUUAGCGUACUUAAAAGAUAAUGAUCGAGAACUCCUUCGUAAAUUGUUACCUCAUAUCGUAAUAUUUGCAAGAUGUGAACCAAAACAAAAAGAAUUUAUAGUUGUCUCCUUGCAAAAUUUAGGAUAUGCAACGCUUAUGUGCGGAGACGGCACCAAUGAUGUUGGCGCUUUAAAACAUGCUCAAGUGGGCGUUGCUAUUUUGUCGAGUCUACCUGAAAGAGUAUCUACAGAAAAGCAAGAUAAUAUGAAGAAUGAAUAUGCGAUCUCAAAUUCAACAAUAGCAAAUGGUCCAAGAAGCAAUCCGAGAGUUUCUGUUAAUACUAGAGCAAAGAUACAAAAGAUAUUAAAAGAAUUGGAGCGACAAUCCAUUAUAGCUAAGUUAGGAGAUGCUUCAAUUGCCGCUCCUUUUACUAGUAAAAUGUCAUCGAUUCAAUGCAUAUGCCAUGUUAUUAAACAAGGUCGAUGUACUUUGGUCACCACAUUGCAGAUGUUUAAAAUUUUAGCAGUUAAUGCAUUAAUUAAUGCAUAUAGCCAGUCAGUUCUUUAUUUAGAUGGAAUAAAAUUUAGUGAUGCACAAGCUACAUUACAGGGUAUCCUUUUAGCUACCUGUUUUUUAUUCAUAUCAAGAUCAAAACCAUUGAAAACGUUAUCUAAACAAAGGCCUCUCCCGAACAUUUUUAAUAUAUAUACAAUUGCUACCGUACUCCUUCAAUUUGCUGUGCACUUUCUUUCUCUUGUGUAUUUGGUUAAAGAAGCUACUAUAUUAUCUCCAGGGAGGAAUGAGAAAUUAGCAGCUAUACUAGCUCCAAGUAAUUUAUCUAACAAAAGUAUGGAUCUGGAUACAAAUUUUAAUAAUGACGAAACGUUUAUACCAGAUUUAUUAAAUAGUACAGUUUACAUUAUUGCCAUGGCGAUUCAAAUUUCUACUUUUGCAAUUAAUUAUCGGGGUCAGCCAUUUAUGGAAAGUUUACUACAGAAUAAAUCGUUAUUAUACAGUCUUUUAGGUAAUGCUGCUAUUAUAUUGGGAUUAGCAUGUGGAUUUUUCCCCAAAUUAGCAACACACUUCAAGAUUGUAGAUUUUCCAAGCGAUUUCCGCAGUCUUUUAGUUCAAGUACUGAUAGCAGACUUUGUCCUAGCAUACGUAGUUGAUAGAGUCUGUUUAUGGCUAUUUGGAGAAGGAAGACAUAAAAAACUGUGA